AUGUGUGAUCUGGGUGAUCAAAACAGAACAGGGUUUCAGGACAGUGGAUUUAAGAGCCUGGGUGAUAAAGAGUGCUCAGGGCUCAGCUUUCGAUCCGAAGGGAUUAGUUCUGUCAAUGGUUUCUACUCUGAUAACAGCAGUCCAGGCCUUCAGUCCCUGUUCUUGCCCAGCGAGAUUUCCAUGGACAACAAGAAGAAGUCAACAGGUUCCUCCAGCUCUGGGAGCUUGGUUUACUGGUCCUCUCCUUUCCCGCGGCAAACAGCCAGGGUCCUGAUUGUGGAGGCGCUGCCACCCUGGUGGUCCGACACCUGUACAAUGCUCUGUGAGGCCCUGGAUAACUUCCUGUCCCUGGCCUGUAGUCUGGAUGGACCCUGUAGAAUACCACUGCUCAGCUUGUACGCCAUCAGCAGGCAGCAGGAAUGUCUUCUGCCAUUUGUGCAGGUCCGUGGUAACCUGGCCAGGCUGCGUUCCUGUGUGGAGGAGCUGAGAUCUAUUCCAGGUGAAGGAUGUAUCAGGGGAGCAGCCAGGGGAGGCGAGUUGCUGCGACAGGCAGUGCUGGACAGUCUGCAGCAGUUUAAACAGUACAUCAGACAUACCAGCACUGGUAACCAGGCCAACAGCAACACAUCUGUGGAGGUUACCGUGGUGACCAGCCAGCCAGGGCGGGGCAUUGUGCGCCAGAUGGAAGUAGGACUCAAAGAUGUUGACCUGGUGUCACUGAAGCGGCUCUUGGUGGUGCAGAUCCAUAGUGUAGCAGACUGUAGCCAAGACGCUCCUUCACCUGAAGCUGCACACACUGAAGACAGUCUGAUGUUGGGGACAGAGAUUGACCUGCAGAGGGUGGACAACAGUGUGUUUGCCAUGGAAACCGUGUUAAAGGCAUGGCUUCAGGAGCAGGGAGGGGACAGGGAACACCUCCACCUCCUUCUUCCAAGCCCCCUGGACAACCCUAUGCCAGUGUGUGUUAAGUGCGACAUGCAGGAGCGUCUGAUAAGCCCUGCCCUCAUCCCUCUGACCCCCAACCUGGGAGUGAAGACCGAGAGCGUCCGUGACUUCAUGCCUGUCACUAAGGGAUCAUCCAAUCAGAGCCCAACACCACAGAGACUGCGAGUGAUCAAGGCCCUGCGAGCAGACGGAGUGUGUGAGAGUGUGUUGUACGGCCUGCCGCUGGUGAUCCGCCCCACCACCUGCUGGCAGCUGGAUUGGGACGAGAUGGAAACCAACCACAACUUGUUUCACGCUCUCUGCCACACACUUAGGAGUCGUGACUUGUUCCUGCUGCUGCAAGUGGAGCUGGCCCAGAGGUCUACAGCUGGAGGUGUGUAUUCUCACUAUGUCCUCCAGCCCUCCCCUUCUCUUUCCCUCCUCCUGAAGCCGGUGGUCUCCAGAGAAUUGUUUCUGCCCUGCUCACUGCCUGUCUCAACUCAGGACCCGUCCCCUGAAACCAUGCAUAUUAUUCAGGGUUGUCUCACUCAGCUGGAUGAGGAGUUUGUGUUCAACCCCCUCACCUUGACCAGUAACCUCUACCAGCACCUCAGGAGCCGAGGCCUCUCACAGCCGCGAUACCCUUACAGGGUCCAGCCAGCUUCCCACAGAGACCAGCCUCAACCACUAGAGGGCCCUAAAACCACAGCCAGCAGACAGCCUCGGCAGCUGAGGCCCACAGUGGGCUGA